CAAGAUGGCCGCUGACGACACGAAAAGAUCGUCUGCAUCGUUAAGACACACACAUUUCUCGACUCGAGAUCGGGCGCGUGUGUGUUAUUUGGUCUGCCUCCAUUGCUGCAUGCUGUGGGUGUUUGGUGACAAGUUUUCUUGUUUUGUUUCAUCAAGUUCCGAUCGUUCGUUUUUCGGUCUUGUUUCAAAAAAUGGCGAGCCAGGCAUCUCAGAACUUGCAAACAAGAAGCAGCAAGGCGAAACCAAGUACAUCAGCAGCAGCAGCAACAGCAUCCGAAAAUAAUUCUGCGGUAGAACUCCUCCUCCCAGCUUGCAACAACAACAACAAUAACAACACGUUGGCGCGAUGGCCGUUAUCCAAAUAUUCUAACUUUAUCAUCAGCCAAAGGCCGGGUGUUGGAACGUGGCAAGAGAGAACGGCAGGAGAGCCCCAUGACAUGUGGAUUCAAAUUACCCAACGUCGUUACAUUCAGAUUCUUCACGGUGACGUGUUACUCGAGUGUAUCAACUUGUCGGAGGCCCAGGGAGUGUGGAAGGCCAUCAGACGGGGACCCAACAUGUUGUUCGUCGUUUCCAAUAGCAAGGAAAGCAGCCGCAAAUUUCGUAUUCGCUUUCAACCAAACAACCAGGAAGAACCGACGGCCGUGGCCUACGCCUGCGCCUGUCACCUGUCCCGCUUUUUUACUUUGCACGACGCCGAUCGACAAGGUCAAGACGACGACCAUCCACCUUCUUGCACCAUCUCGAUCAAGCAGUUGGCCAUCGCCGUUUUGGAUCCUCAAAAUUCCAAAUGGCCUUCGGAUUAUGCGGAUAUUGGCGAGUCUCCCGAACUUGUGCCGGACCUCCUACGUUCUUGCCUAAUGGAUCCUAAUUUCCCCGCUCUGGUCGAGGCUGUGGAAAGUUCGCUGAAGAAGUUGAUGAACUCGGACAAUUCGAGUUAAAAUCAAAUUUAUCUCACCCUUUUUCGUAAUGUCAUUUUUAACCAGGCAAUCGUAAUUUUUUUAAUACAGUAAUAUUUAAAUGAGUCGUUUGUUUUUUCAUACACAAGACGGUUUUCUUUUCUUUAUCUUUUAUAUUUCUUCUCGUUUCUCCAUGUGAACACCUGGCCAUGUUUCCAAACA